UUUGGUUGGGGGUGGGCGGUUCAGUUUAGUUGGAGUGUUUGUUAUGGCGUCGUCGGAUCGCAAGCUCAUUGUGGUGUCCGGAUUUGGGCCAUUCCGGGGUCAUGAAGAGGUCAACGCCAGCUGGGAAGCUGUGCAACUGUUGCCGGAUACCCUAACCCACGAUGGCAUCGAAUUCGAUCUGGAAAAGCGAUUGGUUUCGGUGGAAUAUGAGGCUGUAGACGAGGCGGUGACAGAGACUUGGAAACGCCAGCCAUAUCUGGUCAUCCAUGUCGGUGUGUCGGGCGUUGCCAAAUGUGUCUACAUCGAGAAGCUGGCGUACAAUCACAAGUUCCGAAGAGCUGAUAAUUGUGAUAAAAGGCUGGCCAACGGCAGCUGCGAACUCCCCAACAAUGGACACGCAAAUGUCUUGAGGACAGAAUUAGAUGUAGAUAAGAUUGUGGCGGCUGUAAAUGAGAAUUGCGCCGAUUGUGUGGCACCCACGCAGCAGCCUCAUAAUGAUAAUCUCCAAACCUUGAGCGCCACAAAGGCGUCCAAAAAUGUGGGUGACUUUCUCUGCGGCUAUAUCUAUCUGAAGUCGCUGGAUAUGGACAGGAAACGGAGCCUGUUCGUCCAUGUACCACCUAUAGAUAAGCCCUUUAGUAGUGUUAAGACUUCGGAGAUACUUUUUAGCAUAGUCGAACAAUGCAUUCAACAGGUGGUUGCUUUUGACUCCUGAAUUCCGUAUUAUAUUCUUACAAUGUCUGUCUUUUAAGGAAUUAUUCACGUUUUGUGCUGUCAAGUGGCUUAAGAAAGGAGUUAUAUUUCUUUAAGGCACAAAAAAUUAUAUUUGCUUUAUAAUACAAUAAAACAGAAAGGCAAUACAACUGCAAUA